GUCUUUUAUCAAAUAUUUUACUUACAGAAUGUUCCAAAGAAAACGAUCCUAAUCUCACUACCACAGUUACAAUGGAGACACAAGAAACCAGCCAUGCAUUUACAAAUACAACAGAUGGAAACCAAUCAAAUAAUACAUAUGAUUACAGCACUAAACACUUCAAACUGCCACCAACGUCAGCUUCAAUCUCUACAAUAGGUAUGUGUUGACACUCUAGGGUUUAUUCACUAAACUGGAAUCAUGGGACCCACAGAGCAUUCAAGAGUGUGUUUACUACCCAGCAUUGAACAAUCUGCCAAAUGACCCCUUUACUUCCAACCUGCAGUUGAUAUCUUCCUCAGUACUCUCCCCAUCCUUCAAUGAACUAAACAUGGAAUGGCAAGAAACACUAGACUCAGGCACUAGAUUGAGAUGUUUAUAUGAUAAUUCUUAACUGUAAAGGUUUCAUUUAGAUUCUGAUUUGCAGCUAUAUCAUAAUUUAUUGAUGUUAAUAUUACCUAUCCAAACUUUACUCAGUUUGUUGAUCUAAGAUUGAUGAGAGGCUGAUGAGACUUUGCUGAGAACCAAAUAUCCAGUUUCAAAAUAUACUAUAGAUAAUGCAGCUGAAGCUCGGAGCUACAGUUGUGCUCAAAAGUUUGCAUACCCUUGGAGAAUUGGUAAUAUAUGGACCAUUUUUAAAGAAAACAUGAGUGAGCAGGCAAAACACAUUCCUGUUAUUUAUGAUGGGAUUCACAUAACAAAAUGGCACAAUCAUAAAACAAAGCAUGGCAACGAUGAGAAAAAUGAAAUGGUCCCUGUCCAAAAGUCUGCAUACCCUUAGUUCUUAAUACUGUGUAUUGCCCCCUUUAGCAUCACUGACAGAGUGCAGUCUUUUGUAAUAGUUGUCUAUGAUACACCUAAUUCUUGCAGGUGGUAUAGCUGCCCAUUCUUCUUAUCAAAAAGCCUCCAGGUCAUGCAAAGUCUUUGGUCGUCUUGCAUGAACCGCACAUUUGAGAUCUCCCCAGGCUUGGUAUCAAGAGAUCCCAAAAUUUUCUGAUUGAAUAGUACUGACUGGCAUUUUCAAGGCUUUGGAUAUCUUUUUAUAUACUUUUCCAUUUUUAUAAAGUUCCAUUACCUUGUUAUGUAGGACCUUUGACUGUUAUUUUCUGCUCCCCAUGGCUCAGUAUCUAGCCUGCUCAGUGCAUCCACAUGACAGCUAACAAACCCAUUGACUAUUUAUCCACAGACACUAAUUGACAUUUAAAAAGCCACAGUUGUGGAAAAUUAACCUUUGUCAUUUUGACCUGUGUGCGCCACCUUGUGUGUCUGUCACAAGGCCAAAUAUUCAAGGGUAUGUAAACUUUUGAUCAGGGCCAUUUGGUUGAUUUAUGCUAUCAUGAUUUGAAAAGGAGCCAAACAACUAUGUGAUAAUAAAUGGCUUCAUAUGAUUACUAUUCUUCAAUAAAAUAAAUUUCUUGCAUGAUCAGUUAUAUUUUUAAAAUCAAUGCCAAAAUUUCACAAUUUCUGCCAAGGUAUGCAAACUUUUGAGCACAACUGUAUGUCACUGAUAUACUCACUUACAGAUAUGCAGUUUGUAGUAUAUUUAAAGGCACACUCCACGGAACGCUACAGUUAACUGUCAUGAUUAUCCUGGCACUAUCUCAGUUUGGCGAUUUACCUAGGUUCUGCCAGGCACCCUGGCCACAGCCCCUUUAGGAGAAUUCUAGAGAGCUAAGCAGGGCCAUGCAGGACCUCUCUCAUUAGCUGGGAGUACUCAGUCAACAUUGUCAGUCAACUGAGAGUGUGUGUUGUGUAUGGGAAAGCCGUGUGUGUUGUGUGUAUGAGGAAACUCUAUGUGUUGUGUGCAUGGCAGAACUGUGCAUAUUUCGCGUGAAUGCCUGUUUGUGUGUUGUACGUAUAUGUGGGGAUCUGUGUGUAUUGUGUGACAGACUGCUUCUUGUGUUGUGUUGAAGUUUUGUGUGGGGCUGUGUGUGAUGUGUGUAAGCUAUGUGUGUUGCUGAGAUGCUGUAUGUCGUUUGUGUAGGUUGCUUGCAGACCACAUGCUUUCUUGUUAUAGUGAGGGGUUAAUGGUUGGUCAAGAAAAAUUUUGGGGAGCAUGAGCCAUGGGUCUGCAGGCACCAUGGGGAAACUGACUAAAAAACGUAACAUAAUUUUAUUUGAAGGGUAUAUUUGAUUGAUGUCAAGUGUGAACCAGCGUAAAAACCAAUAAGAUAAAUUAGUUCUUAUUAUUCUUCACAGUGAUAAAUCAGAGCUUACCUUAUGUAUACACAGAGUUGUAUGUAAGUUUAUGUCCUCGUUGUAGCUUUCAUAUGUCAACUGUGUUCAAACAUUGAAAUAAUGUUUAUUUAUUUUACAUUUUCUGAAAGAGAGGAGAGAGAAAACAACAAUUCAAGAUGCCAAUACCAAUCAAACAGCAUAUGAACAAAUAACUUCAGACAGUACUACAUUAGUAGGUAAGCUUAUACUAGUCUUAUAAUCAGAAUUAUUAUUGUCAGACUUUGGGAAAGGCGUAAGAACAAUAAGAUUAUUUUGUAUUUUCUAUUAUGCGAUGGUAAUAAUAUAAAGCACACCCUAUGAAUACAUGGAGUUGGCUGUCAGAGGCAAAUUUAUGUAGGUGUAUGUCCUUUUAUAAUUUUUCAACUGUGUUCAAGCAAUUAAUCAUUGUUUGGAAUCACAAAACCUGCUAGCAAACCUUGGAAAAGCUGUGAAAUAUAUAUUAAUUAGUAAUACUAGAAUUUGUAUAUAUAGUUCCAACAAGCUCUACCAUGCAGGCCAAAUCUUUAACGUAUCAUUUACAUUACUUUUACAUUUAGUAAUAAAAUACAUUUUAUUGACCAUAUGUUAAGAUUGAUUACACUAUCCCUAUAAUUUCACAGGCUGAAAGAAAGGAAACUCUAGGAAUUCUAGUACAGCAAUUAUUCAGAGUCCUGAUGCACUGAACACAUUAGAAAAACAUAGGAAUCCUGUAUAAUCAAAAGGACACUGUAAGCACCAUAACUGUUGAUGGGGUUUAAUGCAGUGGUUAUGGUGCCUGGAUUCCCUUUACCCUAAUUUCUCAAACUGAUUAAACAGGGCUCUAAAGCAAAGCUCAAAAAUCUGCCUACAAUCCCAAUCAGUACCAGUUUGCAUACCAAUGAGUUGGUAAGUCACUGCUGAUGUGGAGUAACUUGCAGCUGCUGGAUUCAGGGACAAUGUACUUGCAAGUCCAAAGACUGCCCCUGUCUCUUGAUCAGUGGUAGGUGCAGCUGAAUGCCAAUCUUUGGCAAGACCUUACUCCUGCUAACAGCACCUAUAAGUCCCUCCAUGUCAGCAUGCUGUGUGAGCUAGGUGUAAACAGCUAUUUUUGUCAGUUUCUGAAAUUCUUUAAAUGAAAGAUUUAAAUAUUUACCAUAGCAGCCGAGCACCAUCACCACUUAAACAAUUAAGCCAGACAGCCUUGUUAAGGUUUAUAAACAAGGAUGUUUCGCCAUAUAUUCAAUUAUUCUAUGAGAAAAAUUCAUCCAUUCUUCAUUUUUUGGGGAUUGUUAAUUUUUAUGCAAUAUUCUUCUUAAUUUUAAUUGGAUUGAAAGGAGAUCUACAGAGAACAACAGUAACUCAAGGAAACACUUCCACUAAUGGUCAGACAGAAACAGGAUGUGACACAUGCUGUAAGUGGAUUAUAGUAUAUUUUUACAGUAAAGGCUUUGAGUCAUGAGCCUUCCAUCAACGUUUGUACUUCCAUGAAAGAAUGGUGUUCUUGUAGUCCAUAAAUGCAUUUAAUAUUUGUCUAAUUUCUAUAUAUGUUUAAUGAAAAUAGGCCACCCCCAAUCAGCCAUUGAGCUUUCCAUGUUUUGUUCUUUAUCAUUUACUGCUUCAUUCUGUUACUUUUUCUUUUUCCAUAUCCUCUUAACUGAUCACUUUGUAUACACUCCCCAUCUCCAAGUCUUCCAUUAGAGGAGUACACCUGGUAACUGCCUAAAGGAAACAAUUUUAUACCAAAACAAAACUCGUAAAUUUGACUACACCUUUCAUAAUAUGGCUCUGCUUUGCCUGGAAGUACCAACAACUCAGUACACUUCAAAUAAGCAAACUAGCUAAUGCAUUCCCUCAUAUAUUAUAAUACAUUCCAUUAUUACUGAUUUUAUAAAAAUGAAGACUGUGUGAAACUGUAUUUAUUGUAAUUACAUACUAGACCUGUUCUAUUGUUUUAUUGAGAAUUUAUUUGAACACAUUCAUUUUGAUUACUUAAGGGUGAGUGUGUGUGUGAAGGGGCAGGUUAUCAUUUGUUUUUACAAAUCAUAACUAUUGAUAACAUUUUUAUAUUUCACCUUUUAUCUCCUUAGUUGUUAUCAUUUUCCUUGUAAUCCUAUUGAUCAGUAUCAUCAUCAUUUGUAUUGUUAUCAUCUUAAAAAAGAAAAAAGUAAGUAUAUAAAAUAAAUUAUUUAACAUACUAUGUAUUUAUUUUGCUCACAAACAAAAACUAUAAUAAUUAUUAAUGGAUCUUGUUUUGGGAAAAGAAUUACCUAUUAAGUAUGCUUUUCUUUCUGCACUUUAUUUCAUUCUCAUUCUAAUGAGAGAAAAUCUUAAUUUGAAUCUACCACCAAGGCCUUUAAUUAUAGUCACCAGGUCUAGUGUCACUUUGCGACAGGUUCGGCUACACAGUGUCUAUGUAUGGCUCUUUAGGAAACACAGUUAUAACCCACAGGAAGGGAUGUAGAGUAAUGAUCUAGGGCAUGUAAGAAGCUGAACUGGGAGAUAAGUUGGGAUAUUAAUUGGAGGUGGGGAGAUGAGAUAUGACUAGGUGGAAAUAUGUCAGAAAGUAUGAAAGUAUCAUACUUUCAGACAUAAGAGAAUCUGUAUUGGUAAAUAGGGGUAACAUGGCUGUUACAGGUUCCUUCUCUAAGUUAAAAUGGGACUGGCAUGUGAAUUGUGUGACUAUGAAAGUAGGAAUGGUGGAUAUAUCAUUGUGUCCUUGGAACUAAGCAGCAAUGACUUGGGUAGGCCAUGCAUACAUACCAUAUCAGAGUGUCUUGAUGCAAACAGGAUGACUACAUUCUAAAUUAAAAAUGUUCCAAACGGAAGACAUAUUAACAAACGUAUUAGCUAUAGUUGCCACUGUAAGAUGUAGAUUAGAACACCAGAAGUCUAAUAAAGUCACAAUAAGCCAUAAUGUACAUGUGUGAAACAGGCCCUGCAUUCCCCGAGGACCUAGAAGUAAAACUGCUUCCAGACCUAGAAGUAGAAAUUCAAGUGCAUAAAUCAGGAAACAAAAUACCUCAUUGGAUAUUUUCAUGUACCACCACUGCUUGUUAACUAUGUGAGCUAUCAUCCUGGAGGAUAUUACAGCUGUAAGAACUGGUAAAGGAGAUGCCAGAAAAUUGGAAGAUCAAAGAGUAAAAAAUAUAUCCUUACUCCAAGAAAAUAUGACAAACACUCAUUCAACUUGAAGUCAAAGUUCUAAGAAGCAAACAGACUUAUAAAUACUAAAGGCAACUUUAGAAGACAGUGGAUAUUAUAUAAUGAGGGCCAUGCUUUUUAUAAGGGGUGUUAAUGUAGGAACAUCAUUCACUGUAAAUAAUAAAAGUCUGGGGCAUUGCUGGAGUUAAAAACACCUGUGGCAUGAGCCCAAAAAUAAUUUCCGUGUCCCUUUCAUAAAGCAUCCCACCCUAUGCCCCACUUUCCAAACUUCACCCCUUAACAUGCAUCUUGGCACACUCACAUUUGCUUACAGACACACACGCAGACAUACACAUAGGCUGUCAAACACAGACACACUCAGCCAUGCACAAGCACACAGCCACAGACAUACUCGAUCCUGCAUCAGCACCCCCCAAACUUGAUGCCAUUGAUGAAAGCAUUUGUCAGACUAAAAAGUAGGUGGAGCUGUGGUAAGCCUCCAAAAAAGAAUUCACUGUGGUAGGUACUCAGUGAUAGAAGAUGGCAGUUUGUUUCGGUUUCCUAUUUUCUUUUAAUUUUAAUUCUCUGACUCUUAAAGUUUGUUGCCCAGUGUGAUCUACAACAGUAAUGCAGAGGCCUUGCAAAACGACUUGGGCUGGGGUUGAAUCUGGUCAGCAGGUCUCUAGUUAGAAAGUAAACAAGUACUGAUCAGCAACAUAAAUACAAAUACUAACUGAACAACGUAAACAUUUAUUUUUAAAUGAAUGCCAUUAUGGGCCAAGAAUAGGUUAAAAUAGGAGCUUCUAUAUAGAAAAAGUACAGAUUACACAUGGAACUGCACAGGAGUGGCAAUAGCGGAACUAUUACGCAGCCCUGUUCAGUUAUGCCUUCUAGGAAGCACUGGGUUGGCCAUCCUUUCUCUACAUUUAGCAAUAAAAUGUUUGUAAUUCUGGCUUUUCGUGAUAUUUUGUUUCUUUCAACAGAAAAUGAGUUAUUCCCUUGAGUACAAAACCAAAUAUCCAGAGGAUACAGAAAUUCCAUUAAGUGAUAUGAAAGAAUAA